AUGCCCAUCACGAAGCCCACGUUCGCACUCCUCCUCGUCGCCAUGCAGGCCAUAAGCGUCGCAGCUGCCGGCCCGGCCGAUCUCCCCAUGGGAGUCGAGGUCCGCCAAGAGCACGGCAGCCUCGUCGUGCGCGAAGUGUCCGUCGAGGGCACCGGCCUCGAAAAGCGAUGCCGCGAGUGCGUCCACGUCGGAAACAGGUGCACCAUCGGCCACGGCAGCUGCUACGCCAAGGAAAAGGCCUCGUGCACCUGGUCGAGGGAUGGCUUGUCGUAA